GUGGGCCUUCAGAAGACUGGCAGAAACUACAUUCUUAACUGUUCUCAUGUUCGUCCAAGAUCUUGAAAGAGAGGGAGAGAUAGAGACAGAGAGAGCAAAGAGAACGGAGAGAGGAGAGAGAGAGAGACUGCAUCAAGAAGCUCUCUCGAUUUCUCACGUUCAUAAGACACAUAGCAGGUGAGAAAACUUACCAGCUUCAGCAUCUAACUUCAGUGAUGGACCCCACGCCCACCCUUCUUUAUUUGGAUUACUAUGAAGCUGCAAGCACCGAUCAUCCCAUCAUGGGGACGCUCUCCCACAUUUCCUACACGUCUGUCUUUCUCCCUAUCUUUUACACAGUCGUGUUCCUGACUGGAGUACUGGGGAAUUUCAUCCUCAUGGUUGCUCUGCAUUUCAAACACGGCAACCGAAGAUUAAUCGACAUCUUCAUCAUCAACCUGGCUGCCUCUGACUUCAUUUUCCUUGUCACACUGCCGCUUUGGGUGGAUAAGGAAGCCUCUCUAGGGCUGUGGAGGACUGGCUCUUUCCUAUGCAAAGGCAGCUCCUAUGUGAUCUCAGUGAACAUGCACUGUAAUGUCUUCUUGCUCACUUGCAUGAGCAUGGACCGCUACCUGGCCAUCAUGUGCCCAGCCUUAGCCAGAAGACUGAGGAGGAGAAACUGCGCAUAUGCAGUCUGCACCAGUGUCUGGAUCAUCUCAUGCCUCCUGGGACUGCCCACGCUGCUGUCCAGGGAGCUCACUCACGUGGAUGGCAAGCUGUACUGUGCAGAGAAGGAACCCACUCUGCUAAAACUGAUGUGGGGUCUGGUGGCCUUAAUUGUCACCUUUUUCGUCCCCCUGCUGAGCAUUUUGACCUGCUACUGUUGCAUCACAAGGAGGCUGUGCGCUCAUUACCAGCAGUCAGGAAAACACAGCAAAAAACUGAGGAAGUCCAUAAAGAUCAUCAUUAUUGUUGUGACCGCCUUCAUCUUCUCCUGGUUGCCCUUCAAUACUUUCAAGCUCUUGGCCAUUGUCUCAAGGUUGCAGCCAGAACACCAGUUUUCCCCGGAGUCUUUUCAGAUGGCUAUGGAGGUGAGUGGGCCCUUGGCAUUUGCCAACAGCUGUGUCAACCCUUUCAUUUACUAUGUCUUUGACAGCUAUAUCCGCCGGGCCAUUGUACACCGCCUGUGCCCUUGUCUGAAGAACUAUGACUUUGGGAGUAGCUCUGAGACAUCAGACAGUCACCUCACCAAGGCUCUUUCCAACUUCAUCCAUGCUGAGGAUUUUGUCAAGCGGAGGAAGAGGUCUGUGUCACUCUGAAGAAAGCUGUGACAUUCCAAGCUCUAUGGACACUCUUAGGAAGUUGGGUUUUGUCCGCAGUGGAGAAAGAGAAAAGCAUUAAAGGUGAAAUUCAUAUUGCUUCAUAAAUCCAAGAAAGUGUUGAUUUUUUUAAAGGUGCCCCUGAAGAGCUCCUGUGUUGUGGAUAUAACUAGGUCAUAUGCUGCAUUUUCAGCUAAAUGCUCUGACUUGGUAAUCAAGCCAGCCAGGCAAAUUGCAAACUCCACUGUCCUUGAACUCUUCAGUUGAUUUCUUCCUGUGUGUCAGUGCACCUUCAGGCCUUUCAAGACCAUCCACCCCCACUGUUCAUUCUGGGCUGUGUUUGGAAGAGACACUUUUGUCUGGUAAGAAAUGUAGUAGGACGCAUGAUAACAAAAAAGUAGCGUGCACUCUGUGACUCACAGUCCCUGAGAUGGAGUCUGGCCCCUUUUACUCGUCUGUCUGGUGAGUCUUCAUCUCUUUCCAGCAUUGGUUUUCAUCCCAGGCCAUUCUUGACAGCUUUGGUCUGGCAGGAAAAGUUCAUGAAGAUAAAGCCACGUUGCAUUGUGCUAAUGAACUGAGACUCACCUCAUUACCUGAUCUAAAAAUCUGUUAACAAGGUAGCAUGAUGCAAGAUUUGACCUUUGCCUUGUAAGAAACACUGUUAACAAUCCAGCUUAUUAUAAUGCUAUGGUAACUGCUUUUUAAGGUUUUAAUAUGCUGUUUGUUUUCAUUGCCCUAGAAUUUGACUUUGUUGUAAUUACAUGUUUUUAAUUACCUGUCAUCUAGUUAUCAAAUGAAAACGUUACUACUAAUGUAAUUGGAGCUUAGAGGCUUGGGCCCACCCCCAUGCAGAUUAUCACUUGGGGUUCUAAUUAAAAUGUUAGCGCUGCGCAUUCCCUUAACAAUUCUUUUGCUUGGUGUAUAUAAUUUAAAGAUGACGUGGGAUGCUCUGUAUCCAGCCAAAGAAAAAGAACUGUAGCAAAAGUGGUACUAGCAUCUUAUAUACGCUUCCAAUACCAAAGGCCUUGCUGAGUCUCCUCUCCUAAUGCAGUACUUACUGAGUCUGCUUACAUCUAUAUUUAAAACCAAAAAAAAAAUGCAAUUACUGACAACAACAAAAGGCCGCAUCAGCAAGUAGGCUGUUGUAAGCUUAAGUCUGAUUCCAGAAAAAGUGGGGUGUUAGUCCAUUGUUGGCCUAGAUGAAUUGCCUUCUUAUUCCUAAAUGUUGAACUUAGAAAUAAAAAAAAAUGCAGAUUGUUUUCAGAGACCAUCUUAUUUAAUUUCCUCCCAAGCAUCUUUCCCAGCAAGAGGAAUCUCAAAUAUUGGACAUGUUCUUAUACUGAACCUAUUCGAAGCUGAAAGUACAGGUUUAGGUUCAGUAAAGUAUUCAGUUUGCUAUUUCUAUACACUGUCACCAAAUAAAAUAUUAUGUCCUUUUAUAAGUAUUUUUAUAUUAAAAUAUUAAUUCUAAUGGCAUUAAUUCCAGUACCAAAUAUACUAAUGGCUAUUUAAUAGAUUGUUG